AUGUGCACAAAAGAUCAAGAGUCUUUAAGAGUUAAGUUCAAUUCAGCUUAUUACCUCACAAAGCACGAGAAACCUUUCACUGAUUUUCCAGAACUGUUCGCAGCCGCGAAAUUUGUUAAUGUCAUAGGACAGAUAACCAGAGAAAGUCUAAACGCUGACUUAGCAAAGGCUUGUUAUUACUCCAUUCUGAACGACGGCAGCACUGAUGUGAGCACGACUGAACAGGAAUUGGUAUAUGUUUUAUUCCUCCAAGAUGGAACACCAGUAAUCAAAUUUAUGGGAGUUGAAUCACCAGCGCAAGCUGAUGCUGAAAGGAUUACAAACUGCCAUCGAGACCUUCUUUAG